AUAAUAAUAAUAAUAAUUAUUAUUAUUAUUAUAUCGACUUACGUAAUGAUUUUGUCCAUGGAAAUGUCAUUAAAAUACAUUUCUCCAACAACAUGCAAUCUAUGAUUUGGUUAGAGGCGUAUUUCUUCAACACAUGCAAUCAUUGAUUUGGUUGAAGGCGUAAGAUGUAGUUAAGUAAGGCAUUCUCGAUGUGCACUGUUUACUAACAAAAAAAUAAAAAUGAGGGUAUAAAUCGCUAGUGAUUUCACAUCUAAUAGUAAUUAUUUGCCUCGUUCUUAAACUGAAAUAAUUUACCUUGUUCUUAAACUGAUGAAAAUAAAUGAUUAAUAAGCUUAGAACAAUUAUUUUUUUCAUUUUAUAUUUUAUAAAAAAAACAAUACAUAAUUUAAAAUAUAUAAGUUAUGAAAAGACUUCAUUUCUAACUUGUUUGUUGGUAAACAAUAUCGAGUAUGGCUUUAGUAUAACCUACGUAGUUUUAAACAGUCAACGUGCAAAGAGACAGUGAGUUGAGCUCCCUUUAUGUUAUACGGUUUAUUAACCUAGAAUCACCGAUUGUACAUCACAGUGUUAUUUGAUAUCUAGGUAGGCAUAUGAUUAGAAAAAAAUCAAGUCAUCUAUGACUAAAUGGGUCAUAUUUAGUAACCUAUGGCUUUUUAAAUCCAUUUUUAACGCAAAUUCUGUUUCCCUGAAAUGUUAUUUUACAGAGAAUUAGGUAAUGGCUAAAACAAAUCCUGGAUUCAAGGGGUUAGCCGAUGAAAGCGACCAAUCAGACACAGAAUUUCAACCCCUUUAUGAUGACACUGAUGAAUUAGAUCAAAGGACAGCCCAGGAAACAAAAGGAUGGAAUCUGUUUCGGGAGAUCCCGGUGAAAAAGGAGAGUGGUUCUAUGGUGUCGAAUUCUUGGGUGGACACCGGAGUCAAAUUUCUAAAAUUUCUAGCAUACAUUAUCACAUUCGCAGCUGUAUUGGGAUCUGCAGUAAUUUCCAAAGGAACGUUGCUCUUUAUAACUUCUCAGCUAAAGAAGGGACGACACAUAAGUCAUUGUAAUAAAGGAUUAGAGUUAGAUCAGCAAUUUAUAGCGAUUCACACUUUGGAAGAGCGAAUAACAUGGCUUUGGGCUGCAUUGAUAGUUUUUUCCGUUCCCGAGGUGGGCUUGUUUCUCAGAAGUGUGAGAAUAUGUUUUUUCAAAACUGCCAGGAAACCUGAAAUUGGACAUUUCCUUGUGGCGUUUGCGGUAGACACGUUGCAAACAAUCGGAUUGGCAAUGUUUGUGCUUAUAAUAUUGCCCGAAUUGGACGUCGUAAAAGGGGCAAUGUUGAUGAACGCCGUAUGCGUAGUUCCUGGGAUACUAAACGCUUUCACUAGAAGCAGCACCGAACCUCGGUACCCCAUAAUGAUAAUAUUGGAUGUAUUGGCGAUCUCAUCUCAAGUCACCGCAUUUGUUGUGUGGCCUCUUCUUGAUGGCACACCGGCUUUAUGGUGUACACCGUUUGCUUGUCUUUUAAUUUCUCUCGGCUGGUGGGAAAAUUUCGUUGGCUACAUUAGUAGACAUACAUCAUUUUCCCUGAUUUACCUUUGCGAGAUACGAGAUGGAAUAAAGAAAUCACGCUAUUAUACGCAGAGAAUGCUUUCAAUUUGGAAAAUUAUUAUCUUCAUGAUCGCCAUUUUGAUUUCAUUGAAACUCCAGGAUGAUAAUCCUUUUACAUUCUUCACACAUGCGAACCAAGCUUUUGGAGACCGCACUUACACAGUGCAUGAGAUACAAGUCAUACUUCAAGACCUUUAUCACGGAGCUUUAGAUUAUGCACUUACUGGAGGAAGUUUCAGACUAACCGCAAAAUGGUCUUCAGCUCUAUGGGUGUCACUGAUUCAAAUCGCAACAGCCUUCGCUUGUUACGCGUCUGGAAAGUUCGCUUGCAAGAUUCUUAUACAAAAGUUCAGUUUCACGUUUGCACUGAGUCUCGUUGGUCCGGUGACAGUUAACUUCCUCAUAUAUUUCUGCGGGAGAAGGAAUGCGGAUCCGUGCGCUUUUCGCGACACAAUACCAGAGUAUUUGUUUUUCGACAUACCUCCUGUAUAUUUCCUUAGAACCUACAUAUCUCAGGAAAUGGUAUGGAUUUGGCUCCUUUGGUUAAUAUCUCAGGCCUGGAUAACAAUACACGCUUGGCAGCCGCGCUGUGAGCGAGUUGCGGCUACGGACAAACUGUUUAUAAAGCCUUGGUAUUGCGGCCCGCUUGUAGACCAGUCUCUCUUGCUGUAUAGAACUAAAGACGAAGACAAUGAAUUGCACCCUGAAGAUUUCAAGGACUUUGAUGAUGCGGACAAAAUAUCAAAUGCUAGUUCGAUAAAAAUUAUAAACGAUGUUAAACCUUCUGACUCUAUAACCAGGAUUUAUGUCUGUGCAACCAUGUGGCACGAAACAAAAGAAGAGAUAAUGGAAUUCUUGAAGUCUAUCUUCCGUUUGGAUGAAGAUCAAAGCGCGCGUCGUGUUGCUCAAAAAUAUUUGGGUAUUAUCGAUCCAGAUUACUACGAGCUUGAAGCUCACAUAUUCAUGGACGACGCAUUCGAAGUAUCUGAUCACAGUGCAGAAGAUUCCCAAGUCAAUCGUUUCGUUAAAUGUCUCGUGGAUUCGGUGGAUGAAGCGGCAUCUGAGGUGCAUUUGACCAACGUUAGGCUUCGCCCGCCAAAGAAGUAUCCGACGCCUUAUGGCGGGAAAUUGGUUUGGAUUUUGCCGGGAAAGAACAAAAUGAUAUGUCAUUUAAAAGACAAAUCAAAGAUAAGACACAGAAAGCGGUGGUCACAGGUAAUGUACAUGUACUAUUUCCUUGGUCACCGUCUGAUGGACCUUCCCCUGUCGGUGGACCGCAAGGAAGUUAUAGCAGAGAACACGUAUCUCCUCGCUCUUGACGGAGACAUUGAUUUUAAGCCCAUAGCUGUUACUUUACUGAUUGAUCUUAUGAAGAAAGACAAGAAUUUAGGAGCUGCGUGCGGACGAAUUCAUCCAGUUGGUUCAGGCUUUAUGUCGUGGUACCAAAUGUUUGAGUACGCGAUAGGUCACUGGCUGCAAAAGGCCACCGAACACAUGAUAGGCUGCGUACUCUGUAGUCCAGGAUGCUUCUCCCUUUUCAGAGGAAAAGCUCUGAUGGACGACAACGUUAUGAAGAAAUACACAUUGACUUCCAGCGAGGCGAGACAUUAUGUGCAAUAUGAUCAAGGGGAGGACCGCUGGCUCUGCACACUGCUGCUACAGCGAGGCUACAGAGUGGAAUACUCCGCGGCGUCGGACGCGUACACGCAUUGCCCGGAGAGGUUCAACGAGUUCUUCAACCAACGCCGGCGGUGGGUGCCGUCGACUAUGGCCAACAUCUUCGACUUGCUUGCCGAUGCUAAACGAACGGUUGCAGUUAAUGACAAUAUAUCUACAUUGUACAUUGUUUACCAAAUGAUGUUGAUGCUCGGCACGAUCCUGGGCCCGGGCACGAUAUUCCUCAUGAUGAUCGGCGCGAUCAACGCCAUCACUGGCCUCAGCAACAUCAACGCGUUGUUACUCAACUCAGUGCCUAUUCUGCUGUUUCUUCUCAUUUGCUUGACUUGCAAAUCUGAAGUACAGCUCAAAGUGGCAGGCGUCAUAACUUGUAUAUACGCCAUGGUAAUGUUGAUGGUGAUCGUGGGGAUAGCGCUGCAAAUAGUUGAAGACGGCUGGAUGGCGCCGUCCAGUAUCUUCUUCGUUGCAACGUUCGGGAUAUUCUUCUUCACGGCUGCCCUCCAUCCUCAAGAGAUCAUGUGUCUAGCCUACCUCGUCAUAUAUUACAUAACGAUCCCGAGCAUGUACAUGUUGCUCAUUAUAUACUCGCUGUGCAAUCUCAAUAACGUCACGUGGGGCACUCGGGAGGUCGCACAAAAGAAGACCUUGAAGGAAAUGGAAAUGGAAAAGAAAGCAUCCGAGGAGGCGAAAAAGAAAAUGGAUAACCAGAGCAUGACGAGAUGGUUUGGCAACAAAUCGGAAGAGAAGAGCGGUUCGCUGGAGUUCUCAAUAGCGGGCCUGUUCAAGUGCCUGUGUUGUACCAACCCUAGCGAUCACAAGGACGACUUGCGCUUGCUUCAGAUCGCCACAUCUCUUGAGAAGCUUGAGAAGAGACUGGAUUCGUUAGGCGCGCCACCAGAGGUCGACAAAAUUACACGUCGGCGGUCUUCCAUGGGACUUCGCGGUGAUACGUUAUCCAUGCUUCCGGAAUAUGAAGACAGUGAACAUUCUGCCGAUAUACCGAGGGAGGAAAGAGAUGAUCUAAUAAACCCAUACUGGAUUGAGGACCCGAACUUGCAAAAAGGGGAAGUUGACUUUUUAACCACUGCCGAAACUGAGUUCUGGAAGGAUUUGAUCGACACUUACCUCCGACCCAUCGAUGAGAACAAGGAGGAACAGGAUCGUAUAGCCACUGACUUGAAGAACUUGCGUGACACCAUGGUGUUCGCGUUCAUGAUGCUGAACGCCAUGUUCGUGCUGGCGAUAUUCCUGCUGCAGCUGCGCCAGAACCAGCUGCACUUCAAGUGGCCCUUCGGUCAGAAGGUCAAGAUUAUAUACGACAACAACAAUAACGUUAUGCAAAUCGACCGCGAAUAUUUGAUGUUGGAGCCGAUUGGAUCAGUGUUGAUCAUAUUCUUCGGUUCCGUGAUGGCCAUCCAGUUCGUGGGUAUGCUGUUCCAUCGGUUCACCACCAUCACUCAUCUGCUGGCCACCAUCGACCUCAACUGGUACUGCACCAAGAGAACGGAUGACCAAUCUGAAGAGGCACAUUUCGAAAGGCACGCUGUGGAAAUCGCGAAAGAUCUCCAGAAGUUGAACGUGGACGACUUGGAGCGCCGCGGAGUCGACGACUCCAAGGUGUCGCGUCGCAAGACGCUGCACAAGUUGGAGCGAGCGCGCGACAACAAGCAGAGCGUCAUCAACCUGGACGCCAACUUCAAACGGCGGCUCACUAUACUGCAUAACGCCGACCCUGGUGAAAUGGUAACGCGGUUACCAUCGCUCGGAGGUAAUGCGGCGACCAAGCGCGCGACGCUGCGUGCACUCAUGACGAGGAGAGACUCCGUCAUCGCGGAGAAGCGACGCUCGCAGGCUACCCGGGACUCCGCCGCCGGCUACAUCUACGACGAGCCUAUUACUGCGAUGAACAGUAUGGCGAUGCCGGGCUCGUCGAUGGGCUCGUACGUGAACAAGGGCUACGAGCCGGCGCUGGAUAGCGACGAAGAGAUGACGCCCGCGCCGCGCCGCAGUAACGUGCGCUUCCGGAACAGCUAUGCGCUCGCCGGGCCCGCUGGCGACGACCAUAUGCACUUCUAACUAAACAGAUCUAUUUGAUGUAAGACAUCUUGUCCAUACACUGGCCGGGCCCGCCAACAUAACAUAUAUACCAGACAAUUAUUAUAGUUAAUGCCAUCUAAUGAUUUCCUUUCAUCAAUUAUUUGAUGAUAUUUUUGACAGGGCCCACAAAUGACGACCGUGUGUACUUUUCAAUUAAAUAGAUCUAUUUGAUGUAAGACAUCUUAUCUUUUAAUUGGGGUGGUGUUCUUGUCCAUAAAAACUGAUCGAGCCCUCUAAUAGACAAUCAUAUAGACAAGACAUUUUCUAUCGUUGAUGCCAUCUGAUGAUUUCCGUACACUCUGGCCGGUUCCGACAACGUAUUUAUUUGCACACAACCAUUAGGUGCAAGAGAAAGUUCUGUUGUAUUAUUUGAUGAUAUUCUUGGCAGGGCCCACCAAUGACGACCGUGUGUACUUUUCAAUUAAAUAGAUCUAUUUGAUGUAAAACAUCUUAUCUCUAAACACUGAUGACUGACCGGGCCCGCCAAGAUAACGUAUAUACAAGACAAUUAAUAUCGUUAAUGCCAUCGGAUGAUGCCCGUACACUCUGACCGGUUUCGACAACAUAUUUAUGCACACAUCUAUUAGGCGUAAGAGAAAGUUCUGUUGUAUUUAUUUGAGCAUAUUCUUGGCAGGGCCCACCGACGACAACCAUAUGCACUUUUAACUAAACAACUAUUAGGCGUAAGAGAAAGUUCUGUCAUAUUUCUUUAAUGAUAUCCUUGGCGGGGCCCACCAACAACGACCAUAAUUAUAUGCGCUUUUAACUAAACAUCCAUUAGGCGUAAGAAAACGUUCUUUCGUAUAUCUUUAAUGACUUACUUGGCAGGGCCCACCGAUUACGGCCAUGUAGGCACUUUUAACUAAAAAUCCAUUAGUAAUAAGAGUAGGUUCUGUUAUAUUUCUUUAAUAACAUCUGAUGAACUUUCCCUACACGCUUAGCAGGGCCCGUUGACGACGACCAUACACACUUUUAAUUAAACAGAUCUAUUUGAUGUAAGUGAAAGUAUCAAAGUAAUGACAGCUGAUGACUGAUCCCUUGGCAUUAGCCGGGCUCGCCCACAAUUCCCUUUAGAAACCCGUUUAUUUGUAAAUUUAUCAACUGCAGGCAGAGCCUUUGUAAAAGUGUUUGUUUUAAAUUUUUAAUCUAUGAGCACAAGUAAAGUUCUAAAGUGCGACUAUUUAUGUGUGAUUCCUGUAUGUAUAAAAUAUGUUUACAAUAAAAAUGAUAUUUGUAAAACACAAAGAUUUCAUUUAUAUACCUUUGUUGAAAACCUGGUAACACAUAAAACAACAUUGAACUGCGAACAUCUUGUAUUCAUAUUGUAGGUAGUUUAUAAAAUAAAACUACAGCCACACUAACCAUUACUUAUUAUUUUUAUUCUAUGACAAGUUGGCCCUGAAGUUGAAAGCGGACUUACUUGGAAAAGGUUCAAUUUUAUUCUACCCAUGCCUGUUUUAUACGGAGCGCUAAAUUGCUUGACGAUAGUCCAGGCCUAUACCCAUCAGAUCAAUCAAUUUAGAAAAUGUUACUCGUAAUUUCUGAAACUUUCCCAAGCUGGGAAUCGAACCCAGCCUCUCUGUUGAGAACCACAGCACUACCAACUGCGCUAGAGAGGUCGUCUAAAAGAUAUUCUAUUUUCAAAAGACAGAUUGGUUUUUAA